AUGGAGGAAACCAACAACGGCUCUGAAAAAAGAUUUCUUCUCCUGGGAUUUUCAGAUCAGCCUCAGCUAGAGAGGUUUCUUUUUGCCAUCAUUUUGUACUUCUACAUCUUGAGCCUUCUGGGGAACACUGCCAUCAUACUAGUAUGUUGUAUGGACUCCAGACUCCACACUCCAGUGUACUUCUUCCUCAGCAACCUCUCAUGUGUAGACAUCUGCUACACCAGUGUCGCCCCACAGUUGCUGGUUACCAUGAGUAAGAAAGACAAAACCAUGAGCUAGGGUAGCUGUGUGGCCCAGCUCUAUGUGGCCAUGGGGUUGAGCUCAUCUGAGUGUAUUCUCUUGGCUGCCAUGGCUUAUGAUCUCUAUGCUGCUGUCUGCCGGCCACUGCAGUACACAGCCAUUAUGCACCCCAGGCUCUGUGAGUCUCUGGCCAGUGGAGCAUGUCUCAGCGGCCUCAUCACCUCCCUAAUUCAGUGCUCCCUCACUGUGCAGCUGCCCCUCUGUGGUCAUCGCACACUGAAUCAUAUUUUCUGUGAGGUGCCAGUGCUCAUCAAACUGUCCUGUGUGGAUAUGACUUUGAAUGAGGCAGAACUCUUUGUGGCCAGUGUAGUCUUUCUAAUUGUCCUGGUGUUACUCAUCUUAGUCUCCUAUGGCUUUAUCACCCAAGCUGUGUUAAGGAUAAGAUCAGCUGUGGGCCACCAAAAGGCCUUUGGGACCUGUUCCUCUCACCUGGUUGUGGUCAUCAUUUUCUAUGGGACCAUCAUAUUCAUGAACCUUCAACCAGCCAAUAGUAGAUCCAAAAACUAGGGAAAGUUUCUUUUCUAUACCAUAGUCACCCCACUUUUAAACCCCAUUAUCUACACUCUGAGAAACAAAGAUGUGGAGGGGGCCUUGAGGACCCUGAUACUGGGAAAUGCUGCUGUCAAAGCCACAGGGACUAGGAAACACGGGAAUUCUAAAGAAGGGAAGCACGCCAAGGCAGCGUGA